AAAGUGCCUUUAGUACAUAGUAUAAUCUUGCUUGCAAAUUAAUAUAUAUACCACAAUGUCUACAUUUUGUAUCAUUUAAUUCUAUCUCUCAUUUCCUCUUCUCCCCAUACCAAUCUAUCUAUCACACCUUUAUUGGAUUUCUAAUGGAGAAUCAGUCUCCUAAAUCAGAAUCCUACAUGCAAAAAGAAUUGCCAACUUGUUAUAAAGAAGUAGCCAUAGAAUCAUUAUCAAGAUAUUUCAAGAAUCCUCACAUUUUGGAAGGUCUAAAUGAUGAGAGCUCUUUAACUUCUUUUCCCAAUAUGAAAGAAAUAUUGGUUUCAAGUUCAGAUUCAACAAAAUUCUCUGAGUUUUUUCCUCUUAAUUUCCUUCAAAAUGAUCAAGGGAAUAAUAAUAGUAUUAUCCCUUUGAAUAAUUUUCUUGAAUCAUUUCAUCAUCAUAAUCAAGUGUCUGAUCAUCAAACAUGUUCUUCACCAACUUCAUUAUCAAGUAAUUACCCAACUUUAGGAUUGUUUCUUAAGGAGCCUACCAUUUUAGAGAUUUCAAAAAGAGCAGAAGAAUCUCUAAACAACAAGAGCCACAAGACAUCAGCUGCCAUAUUUCCAAUGUCUUCACUAGAUGAAAGCCAAAUUCAUCAGCAGCAACAGGCUGCAGCUACAACAAGUACAACAAAUUGGCUGAAAAUGAAUCAAACAUUAACAAAUUGUACUACCACAAAAGGUUUUAGUGACUAUUGGCUUAGUACUACAAAAACUCAGCCAAUGAAAAUCACAACAGGAUCAAGAAAAUCAUCACUACAUUAUAAUCAAGGUAAUCAAAAGUCGUCUUCUUCUUCUUCUUCUUUGAUCGCGACGUCUCAAGGGAAGUUAUUUAGAGGAGUAAGACAAAGACAUUGGGGAAAAUGGGUAGCAGAAAUAAGGUUGCCAAGAAACAGGACAAGAGUUUGGUUAGGUACAUUUGAUACUGCUGAAGAAGCUGCUAUUGCUUAUGAUACUGCUGCUUAUAUUUUAAGAGGAGAUUAUGCACAUUUAAAUUUCCCACAUUUGAAGAAUCAAUUAAAGGCAAAUUCUAUAAAUGGUAAUACAGCAGCCCUACUCGAGGCGAAAAUUCGAGCAAUUUCAUCACAAACAAAGAAGACUAAUGAUCAUGAAUCUAAACAAGUACUAUUGGUUGAUGAUUCAAGAAUCAAGAAUGUGAUUACUCAGAAUCAAGAAAUGGAAAAUUCUGAGAAAAAGGUGAAGAAUAUUAAUCAAGAAAAGUUAUUAUUAGAAAAUAAUAUUGAUGGUGUUCAAUUAAGUAGAAUGCCAUCUUUGGAUAUGGACAUGAUUUGGGAUGCACUUUUGGUUUCUGAUUCAUCUUGACAUUCAACAGAUGUAUUUUUUUUUUCAUUUUUUUUUUCAUUUUGACCAACAUUAUAUUUCAAGAUCAAAAGCAUACAUAGUUGUUUCUCUUUUUUUUUUUUUUUUUUGGAAGAUUUAGUGACACUGAUUGGAUUUCUGUACAUGUUGUUCAAGAGGGUGUUCAGCAA